AUGUGGUUCCUGACACUCGUUUUGCUUCUGACGACGUCAUUGCUCUGCUAUGCCGGCUACAUCUUCCUAGUGGUGGACAAGCGGCAAGAGAAGCAGGAGCGGCCUCCACCGCGCAGCACACCCGGCGCCCAGAACGCCUCGCUCAGCACCUGCACGCGACCCACUCUCUGCUGCGCGCUCGCUGCGCCUUGCCGCCUGCUGGCAGCAUCAGGAGCAGUGCUCGAGAAUCCGGAGGUUUACGAGGCGCUCGAUGACAAGCAGUACAACUUCGAGCUCCCCAUUGAGAUCGACGACUAUGACGAGCUGCGCGAGUCCAAGCCGCCAGACAAGCGCACGCUGCCGCUCGCGCUGCUCAAGCGCGCGAUGGCGGACAUACCGCUGAUAGAGCAGCUUGAGCGCGACCACCCGCGCAUGGUGCGCCUCUUCAACCGCGGCUUGCUUCCCUUUGGGAUCUGGGAGCAGCUGCUCGAGGCGGAGCGGAUGAUGGAUGAGGAGGCGCAAGGGUUGAGGACGGGCUUCGUCCUGAGCGACGUGCGCGCGACUAUCCCUCCGCUGAGCGCCGGCGGCGCAGCGGCCUCGAGCUGA